CAAAAAGAUAGUUGACCUUAUCUUGGAAAACCCCUUCUUUGCCCUUCGUGCGGCGGAGUCAAUGAUAGAGAACGGCCACCCUAAUGCUGAUGUCUCCUCUUCCAAGCCAACCAUCGCAAGGAGCAAGAGGCUGGAGGCAGACACAAAUCCACCUCUCGCUGUUCGUCCAUCUAGGAACUAGCGGAGAAGGCAGCCGAAGUGUUUCGUCAGGCAUCCAAGGAGAUCCACGAUGUGGAUUCUGGUUUCGUGUUGGAGGAGGAUGAUCCCGAAUGAAUGAGGAUGGAAUGCAGUUAUGGUCCAAAAGCACGACGGAAGCCACCUCAGGGAAGUCCUAACCCCCUUUUGAUUUCUUUGAAAUAUAGAUCUAAGAAGAAGAAACUCAAAAUAGUGUAAAAGAAUUUGGGAACCCAUAUGGCUCCUGCCCCCAUGAGCUAGAAAUCGAUGCUUUUAACUAAUGUUCAUGAAUUUGUUGUCAUAGAAUUACAAGAGGGCAACCAAGAUAUAUCUUCACAGUGUUCGGAAUUGGCUUGCAGUGUUAGGAAUUUAGAAACAUGGUCGCUAUAGUGGCAACGAUACCCGAAGACAUCAUUCAUUUGGAAAUUCUCCCAUGGCUUUCCAAUAAGGUUCUCUUCAGGUUCAAGUCCGUCAAUAAGAAAUGGCAUCAUCUCAUCAACCAUGAUCCUACAUUCGCACACCAACGCUCAUGCCGUUGUGGGUUGCCUGGCUUUGUGUGGAUAUGUGAUCACAAUAUUGACUUUAUGCCCGUCAACCUUAUUGGGCAACAUGACAUUUGUGAACCUAAGUUGUCUUUCUCCCUUCCUGAUGGAUGUUCCGCGUAUAUUGCUGGAUGUUCCGCGUAUAUUGCUGCCUCUGCCAAUGGCCUCCUCUUGUUAUUGUUGACAAGAUGGGAGGAACAAAACGAAAACGAAUGGUACAUGUAUGAAGACAAGAGCACCUUCCAUUAUGUGUGGAAUCCAAUGACAAAAGAGGGUCAUGCCAUCCCUGAAAGUCGAGUUCAAGCUUAUGAGAAUAUUGGUCUGGCCUUUGAACCAUCAACUACUUCGACCCGUUAUAGACUAAUAAAACUAGUAGAAGACAAUGAACUAGAAUUUACUGAGAUUGAGUUCAAGAUAUACUCUUCGGACAUAGGGAAAUGGAUAAUUUCUGAUCAGAAGCUUGUUAUCAAAGAUGAGUACAAUAGGUAUCGGUGGAAUGUGUUGUACGCUAGAGGCAUCAUAUAUUGGAACUAUUUUCCCUACAUAAUAUGGUUUGACCUUGAUAAAAAUAUCUCAGGCAGUAUGAUGUCGCCAAUAGAAUAUGAAGACAUUCCAAUAUAUUAUGAUGAUGUUUAUUGUCAAUGUAUCGGGGUAACUGAUGAAGAGAUUUUGACAAGCACUCUAUUUAUGAAAAAUAAUUCAAUUUUCAUAUGGAUGAUGAGUAAGGAUGGAGAAUGGGUUAAGAGGUACCAUGUUUUAGAUUUUUUGAACAUUAGGGACAUUGACUCUUUUUCACUUCUACCAUUCUGUGGGGGUGAUAAGGUAUUCAUGGACCUGACAUUAUUUUCUAUGGGGAGGAAGGCAAUGUUGUGUUGUCACGACAUGAAGACAGGAGAGACUGUGAUGAUCGAUAUGUUGAAGCAGAAUCGGCUAUGGUCACCUUGUCAGUACGUAGUGUUAAAUUACAAUAAUAUGCCCGAGAUAGGUAGCUUAAAAUACUAAGUUUGGCAAGGCUUCUCUGCACCUCAAAAUUUAUAGUGAUGCAAAUACAAUAGUAUUUUUCUUAUUUUGUUCUAUUAUAACAUCACCACAUUGAAGUGAGUCUACAUAUUAUGUUGACUAUAUAUAUUGAUGAGUAUUGCUUCCUGUAUCCCUAACUUAAUUUUUAUAAGUUAAUAAAUAAAUUAAA